CCGCGACAGUCAGCAUGCGGUCUUACGUGACAUGCAGAUCGGUGAGAGGUCCAGGGCGACCUGUCCCUGCAGCUGCAAUGAGAGUGGGGGAGCGAACUGUCUUGAACCAGGCAAUGGUGUGUUCAAAGCUCCUUCUGGGCUUGGGCUUAAUCUGCCAAUCUGGGAACCAUGCCCGAUCCCUUUUUUUCCUUACCCUCUCCGAGUCUCCGGGCGCUUUCCACCCCUCAUUCGAACCUUUCUAGAAGGAAAUUAGCUUUCAAGCCGUUGCUCUGCCGUAAUCACAGGCCAGGUUUGGGACCCUCUCCCGAAAGGCCCGAAAGGCCUGAAAGGGGGCUUUCGAAUUCCUUCUUACUUCUUACUCUUACUCUCCGUCCGCUGCAAAGCCGGGUCGCCUGGGGUUAGUCACCCGCCACGGUUUAUUUUCCCUCUCCUGAAAUUUCCUGGAGGGGUUCCAUCAA